CUGUUUUAUUAAAUUUUUUUUUUCUUCCAGGCGAAAAUGGCUGCCCGUCUUAUCUAAACCCCUGUGCUAAAGGAUUGAAUAGGCAUGAAAUAAAGCGUAGAAGUCACUGGCCCGCUUCGAAACAAUGUUCAUGGACGCCAGAGCAUAGUUUGUGCAGCGCCAUCACAAAGAUGUGGCUGCCAGAGAAGGAAAAUGCGAUUCGACAUUAACCCUUUCCAGCCAAACAUCCACCAACAAACAAGGUUUACCUCGCUUUGUCAUGACUUCACUUAUGUUUUGUGCUACAACGCCAGAAGGCCUGUUUGCUCCACCAAAAAAAAUGAUGCAUCAAGUGACCAGCAGCAACAGUGAUUAUUGUAUGGGUGGACUGGCAGAGAACAGUAAUCCAGCCAGCCACUUUGAUCUAUGUAGCACACAAUCCAGCAAAUUCUACCCCUCUGCGACAACCCCUGGUUUGCAGCUGUCCCUUACAGGCCUAUCUCCUUUGCCUCAAGGCAUUCACAAAGCCAUGGCAUGUCAAAUGCAAGACACCCACAACGAUUUCCAGCCUCAGACGGUGAGAAUCAGUCGCAGUGAGGCUUCAGGGCCCGAUGGCUCAAAGAAGAAGAAGGGCAUGGUUAAGUCUGGGCGUAGAGGGAGGCCAUCGGGUACCACAAAGUCAGCCGGUUACCGUACAAGUACAGGACGUCCGCUUGGAACAACUAGAGCCGCUGGGUUCAAAACCAGCCCUGGGAGGCCCCUUGGCACCACCAAAGCGGCAGGAUAUAAGGUCAGCCCCGGCAGGCCUCCCGGCAGCAUCAAGAGUCUGGCUCGGCUCAAGAAGCUUGACUUUAGCAACUGCAGUGUUCACAAGAAGCUGGACUUCACUAGCUGUGAUGUUCCACCUUUUUCAUACACUAUGAUGGAGAAAAGACCCCUCUGUGAGACCAGCGGCAAAGUGGAUGAAUCCAGCGAAUAGUCCUGCAGCUUUUUCUCUAGUGCUUUAAGAACAUUUGAGUGCACAAGUACGAGGAUGCUUAGGAAAACAUUUCUCUUUGUUUGUUUUUUUUUUUGGCAUUUAGAAAUGACUGUGAGUUGUCAUUGUACAGUGACAUUGUCUUCGUCCUCCAUAAUAAAUGACUGAAUUAGAAGUAUAUUACUCCAGUUUAGCAGAGAUGCAUGCAUAUGAAUUAAUAACACCAAUAAGUACAGCCAAAAUGUAUCAGUUUGUGGUUCAGACCUCACUGGAGAGUGGGUCUUUUUCCCCUCAAGUAUUUUGUUUCUCUAAAUUGUGACAUGUUCUCGUACUCUACAUUAAUAUUUCUAUGGCUGGGAUCUUCUGACGUUUUCUACAUUUGUAUUUGCAAAAAAAAAAAAAAUACAUUUGAGUACAACCAGCCAAUCAAAUCACCUUUUUCCUAAACAUAAAUAUGUGGAUGUGUAGUUGUCCUUUCUGUGUUGUCCAAUUAAGUGUAUUAUGUUUUGUGAUAUUAUCCUAGCAUCAUGCCUAAAAUGGGAACACGAUGUUACAUUUUAAUUAGCUUGAACUGGUAAAACUCCAUACAUAACAUCCCUUUGAAUAGUAUUUGUUUUGUUUUAUUUUUUCUGCACUUUGUGAGUACAGUUUUUGAUUGUGUAUUGUAACAGACUGUUUUUUAUCCCAAAACUCAUUAGAUAAGCACUUCCAGAUUUACAUGUAUGUGGUUAUGCUGUUUAUUAGGAGGAAAGAUAACUUCAUAAAAAUAUGCUAAUGUGUUGUACAUGAAGCCAAAAUAAAAGGAAACUGUCUUUUCCACAUAACUA